GAGUACAUGUAGCCGGCUGCUGCUGCUGCAGCAUGAUGUGACAGAGAGCAGCACAGGGAGCUCCGUGUAUCACCAGCAGCAGGUGGCGGGAGCAGGAGCGGGGCGCCGGCACUGAGUGCCCCCGGGCAGGACACAGCAUGGGUAAGGGGGCGCAGGACGGGGAGGGCUGCGGCGCUGUGUGUGUGAAGCCGGAGCCGCGCUAUGACUGGGAGGAGAUCCAGAAACACAAUACGAAGACGGACAAGUGGCUUGUGAUAAACCGCAAGGUGUACAACAUCAGCGACUGGGUGCGGAGACACCCCGGGGGCCUGCGGGUCAUCAGCCACUAUGCCGGGGAGGACGCCUCGGAUGCUUUCCAUGCUUUUCAUCCAGACCUUUCAUUUGUGAGAAAGUUUCUAAAGCCCCUCUGUAUUGGUGAGCUGGCGGAGAAUGAGCCCAGCCAGGAUCGGGAGAAAAACUCUCAGCAGGUGGAAGACUUCCGACAGCUACGUAAGACAGCAGAAGAAAUGGGACUCUUCAACGCCAGUGUGGUGUUUUUCAGCCUCUACCUGUCACACAUCAUAGUCCUGGAGUUCCUCGCUUGGGCCACCCUCUUCUAUCUUGGCAGCGGUUGGAUACCCACCAUAAUCACCGUUCUUCUCCUUUCAAUUUCUCAGGCCCAGGCUGGUUGGCUGCAGCAUGAUUUUGGACACCUGUCUGUCUUUAAGACUUCGAAAUGGAACCACAUUGGUCAUAAGUUCGUCAUCGGCCACUUGAAGGGAGCGUCAGCCAACUGGUGGAACCAUCGGCAUUUCCAGCACCAUGCUAAGCCUAACAUAUUCAGCAAGGACCCUGAUGUGAACAUGGUGCACAUAUUUGUCCUGGGAGACGCACAGCCUGUGGAGUAUGGCAAGAAGAAGUUAAAGUACCUGCCCUAUAAUUACCAACAUCAGUAUUUUUUUCUGAUUGGACCCCCACUUCUGAUCCCCGUAUACUUCACUAUCCAGAUUAUGAAGACGAUGAUAGUUCGCAAAGACUGGGUUGAUCUAGCUUGGUCAAUGUCUUACUACAUUCGUUUUUUCAUCACCUUUGUUCCUUUCUUCGGAGUACUGGGAUCCAUUGCCAUACUUACUGUUGUCAGGUUUAUUGAGUCUCAUUGGUUUGUCUGGGUCACACAGAUGAAUCACAUCCCAAUGGAAAUUGACCAUGAGAAGUACAGAGACUGGCUCGGCAGCCAGUUGGCAGCGACAUGCAACAUUGAGCAAUCCUUCUUCAAUGACUGGUUCAGUGGACACCUCAAUUUUCAGAUCGAGCAUCAUCUCUUUCCCACCAUGCCUCGCCACAACUUCUACAAGAUCGCUCCACUUGUGCGCUCUUUGUGCAGGAAGUACAGUGUGACCUACGAGGAGAAGACGCUGUGCAACGCAUUCCGGGACAUUGUCGGAUCCCUGAGGAAGUCAGGUGAGCUGUGGCUGGAUGCCUACCUCCACAAGUGACUCAGCGCUGGAUUACCUGGCCGGGAGGAUCACUGACCUUAACAUAACACAGUUUACACCUAUAGUUGUUUUAUAGUUAGGUUUGUAAUAAACUGCCUGAAACUACA